CGGCAGUCAUUGAGAAAAACACCUCAUUUAAACAGUUUGUCGCGCACCUCUCAACGAAUCAAUCAUGUUUUGUGUUCAAUUACAUUUGUUUCGGACUCACUGAUUUUCAUUUACAUUUUUUACAUUUAUUCGAUCUCUUUUGUCUUACUCUCAUUACGGAAACCGUUCAUUGUUCCUCGUUAUUACUUGAACUUUUAUCGUAGCUUAAAUUUGUUGUUGCACACUUUUUCUCCAAAAUCAUUUCCUAGAUCGUGAAAAUUUCCCUGAGACGUAGGAAGAGAAAAAAAAAUCAAAUCUGUACAUCUAAUGGAUUGGAAUGAAAAUAUUGGCGGAAAUGCAUCGGUAGUGACUAUCGAAACAGCCUUAGAUUAUGACCACAUUGCAGAAAUUAAACAUAAGGAACAACUGUGGAAUGGAAAAAGCAAUGGUUCGGUCCCAGUUUUCCAGGAAAAAUUACGAAAUGGCAAACUUUCCAACGUGACGAAUAAACGAAUAGAGGACGCUGAGAGCAGUUUGGAGUUGUUCUGCUACAAGAACGGAUCGGCCGCGGUGCCGCGAGGAAAUGCGGGAGCAGGAACCGGACACGAGGUGAACACAUCGGCGUCAUGGAACGGCCUCAACGGGUUGGUCAACGGGCCGGGGUCGGAGCGACUCAACCCCAGGGACGAACUCCUCGUCGAGAGCAGGCGCUACCGCCACUCGAGGAGCUUAUCCCUGUCGGUGUCCCUGGACAAGGGCAACGACUUCUGCCAACUUUGCCGACUCCGAAAGAAGAGUACAGAUAGCGGCAAAGAGCCAGGUCUCGGCGGCUUCACCAAGGCUCAGUGGUUCACUAUUUUGGCCAUUGGUCUCGUCGAGUUCAUCGGCUUCUGUUCCAUGUCUAUUAUGGCUCCAUUCUUCCCUAGAGAGGCUGCAGGAAAGGGAAUGAACGUCGCUUGGGCAGGAUUUGUAUUCAGUUUUUAUGCUUUUGUAAUGUUCCUCAUGUCUCCUGUUUGUGGGAAAAUCCUGCCUCACACAGGAGCAAAGUUCCUUUUUUUGUCAGGAGUUUUCAUUGCAGGAUGGUGCAAUAUUUUAUUCGGAGCUCUACCUCAGAUACAGAACGACACAAUGUUUGCAAUAUUCUGCUUUAUAGUCCGAGGAUUUGAGGCAUUAGGAGCAAGUGCAUUCACCACGGCCAGUUUCGUGUUCGUCACUCACUUAUUUCCCGAAAAUAUCGGCACUGUUCUGGGAAUCCAAGAGACUUUCGUUGGACUCGGAAUGAGCGUUGGCCCAGCUCUAGGAGGAAUUUUAUACGCGUGGGGAGGAUUCGCUCUUCCGUUUUACUUGGUUGGAGGAGUCAUGGUGGCAGCUUUGCCAUUAUAUAUGUGGCUGCUGCCCUACGUCUACCAAGAAGAAAGUCACAGUGAGCAGUCCGGGUCAUUCCUUAAGUUAAUGACGGUGCCAUCAGUAUUCAUCAUCGGUUUAGUCGUAAUGGUUGCUUCAACUGUGUGGGCGUUUUUGGAUCCAACGCUCGAACCCCAUCUAAGAGAGCUAAAUUUAACGAGCACAGAAAUGGGUCUCAUUUUUCUUCUGUUUUCCGCCUUAUAUGGGCUUUCGAGUCCGCUGUGGGGCUGGCUUGCCGAUCGAUUGGACCAUCAUUGGGGCAUGAUGGUGGUUGGAUUGUUAUUUUCAACCGUUGCACUCCUACUCUUGGGUCCUUCGCCCAUCAUUGCAUACUCCAGGAACACCCUCUUCUCGAAUCUUUUCGCCUUGUGUUUAAUUGGAGUGUCUGUCUCCUUAACUCUCAUGCCAACUUUCAAGUCUCUUCUAAAAUGUGCACUGGAUGCAGGAUUUGAAGAUGGAAUCUCAACCUACAGUAUUGUCGCAGGAGUUUGGUCUUGUAAUUACUCUUUGGGAGACAUGAUUGGACCUUCAUUAGGUGGGAUACUUCUGGAUCAGUUCGACUUCCCCAUUUGCUCAACAGUCAUGGCGGCCCUGACCUUAUUCACGGCAUUCUUGAGCUUCGCUUUCUUUGGAGUCAAAAGAAAUACCUGCUCAAGGCAAAAGAUCUGCUCGAAACACGCUUACGAGAUGACGGAUGAGGACCCUCUUCUCAGUAACAAGUCAAAAGUUUACGGGACCCUCUGUAAUGACUAUGAAAAUAUUAUCAUAUCUUACACGAAGAAUGGUGCCUGCGAGGUCUAGAACUCCAUCAUGCUCAAUAAUG